AUGAUAAUCCCGCUCUUAGUAUUGCUCUUGGCUUUCGUGCUUCGAUUGCAUCCGGUGGCUAGCACGGAAGAUUUGGCUACAUGCUCGCCCAAUGCAUGCGGCAACCUGAUCGUGGCUUACCCGUUUUGGUUGGAGGAUGAAGGUCAGCCGCCAUGCGGGUCCCCGUCCUUCCAGAUCAACUGCAACGGCGGCCAAGCAUUCCUCAGUCGCUCCUUGUUCGGGGGCUACCAGGUCCUUGAAAUCUUCACCGAGAACUCCUCAUUCAUCGCCGUGGACAACAACCUGCCGCUCGACGACGGCUGUCCGCCGUGGUGGUUCAAUAUCUCGCUGGGUCUCGGGCUGGGGCCGUACACCAUCAGCAAGAAGAACAGCGAGGUUGUCGUCCUCUACAACUGCACCAAGCAGCAGCAGCAGGUGGCGCCGCCGGGGUUCAGCCGCAUGGGUUGCGCCGACGAGUCCUUCUACCGCCUUGGUGGGGCGUAUGGCGACCACCAGCGUGAACAAAGCGGGCUCCCUCCAUCGUGUCGUGUCGCAGUGGUUCCGGUCCUUGGUUUCGCUGAUGGCAGCGACUAUGUCCCCAGCAUGAGACAGGGGUUUCUUCUCGAGUGGUUGGUGGCGUCAGGCGAUUGCACCAAGUGCGUGACAAGCGGCGGGCAGUGCAGCUAUGCCAACGACGGCACCGGGUUUUCCUGCAAUUGCUCCGACGGCGUGCCACCAAUAGAUUGCGGUAGCAAGAGAGCUGGCACAAAGAUUCUCUUAAUAGCUUUGACAUCAGCAGCUGCAGCGCUACUCUUUGCAUGUAUUUAUGUGCUGAUAUGGUAUAUGAUGGGGAAAAGGAACUGGUUUCAACUCUCGAAAAAGAAUAGCAGCACCACUGAAAGGCAUUACGAGGCCAUGAUAAUAUCUUAUGGAUCCCUUGCUCCCAAGAGAUUCACUUACUCAGAAGUAAUGAAGAUAACGUCUUCUCGCAAUAAGCAGCUUGGUAAAGGUGGUUAUGGUGUGGUCUUCGAAGGAAAGCUACAUGAUGGUCGUCUUGUUGCUGUGAAAUUCUUGCAUGAUUGCAAAGGAAACGGGGAAGGGUUUGUUAAUGAGGUUAUGAGCAUUGGUAGGACCUCUCAUGUCAAUAUUGUUAGCAUGUUUGGAUUUUGUUUGGAGGGAUCAAAACGAGCUCUUGUAUAUGAGUACAUGUGCAAUGGUUCCCUGGAUAGAUACAUUUACUCAGAGAAUCCAAAAGAAAUUUUAGGAUGGGAGAGGCUCUAUGCAAUAGCUACCGGGAUAGCUCGUGGACUGGAAUAUUUGCACCAUAGCUGUAAUACACGGAUCGUCCAUUUUGACAUUAAGCCUCAAAAUAUCCUUCUAGAUCAGGAUUUUUGCCCAAAAAUUGCUGAUUUUGGUCUUGCUAAAUUGUGUCGUACCAAGGAGAGCAAGCUUUCAAUGAUUGGUGCUAGAGGAACAAUUGGAUUCAUUGCUCCAGAAGUUCACUCACGAAACUUCGGACUUGUUUCAACAAAGUCAGAUGUUUAUAGUUAUGGAAUGAUGUUGCUAGAGAUGGUUGGAGGAAGGAAAAAUGUGAAAUCAUUGGCUGAAAAAUCCAGCGAAAAGUAUUUUCCAGAUUGGAUUUAUGACCACUUUGCUCAAGAUGAUGGAUUAGAAGCAUGUGAAGUUACAAGUGACAUUGAGGAAAUUGCAAGAAAGAUGACCUUGAUUGGCUUGUGGUGCAUACAAGUAUUACCUGUGUAUCGCCCUACUAUAACAAAAGUUCUAGAAAUGUUCGGCAGAAGCUUAGAUGAUAUGGCCAUGCCACCGAAGCAGAAGUUCAGUGGACUACUCGAAAGUGCAGCUCAUAAUAUGAAUGUAGAAAGUGCAAGCUCUAUGACAUCUGAGGAGAUAAGGCUUGUGAAUUCAGGAAAUACACAACAAUUUCCACCUCUUUGA